AUGGCACAGCUAAAGUGGGGCGCGGGGCGCGCAGACGACGGGCAAGACGGCCGGGAAGUGGAUAUUGAAGAGAGAUGGCACGGGGGCGCCAAGCCGGACAGCGCGGACGGCAGCCGGCGCAUCCAGAUCCAGGCGGUCAACGACGAGGACGACACGUCGGAGCUCAUCACGUUCAACCAGGACGUGUCGUGGUUCAUCGUGAUGUUGACUUUUGUGGCAUCGCUCUCUGGGUUUUUGUUCGGGUACGACACCGGGUACAUCUCCAGUGCGUUGCAGUCUGUGGGCACAGACCUCGGCCACCAGCUCACGUACCGGGACAAGGAGUACAUCACGUCGGCGACGUCGCUCGGCGCGCUCAUCGCAGCGUUGGGUGCGGGCAUCUGUGCGGACCUGUUCGGCAGGCGAAAGUGCAUCAUGUUCUCCAACAUCCUCUUUGUGGUUGGUACCGUCCUCCAGGUGGCGGCGUUCAACUUCUGGCAGAUGGUGGUUGGCCGGCUAGUCAUGGGCUUUGGUAUUGGCUUCGGCUCGCUCAUCUCGCCUUUGUUCAUCAGCGAGAUUGCGCCCAAGAUGAUUCGUGGGCGCCUCACGGUGAUCAACUCGCUUUGGUUGACUGGCGGGCAGCUUAUCGCAUACGCAUGCGGAGCAGGCUUUCAGCAUGUGAAGCAUGGUUGGCGGAUACUUGUUGGCAUCUCGAUGUUGCCCGCGGUGCUGCAGUUCGUUUCCUUCAUCUUUUUGCCCGACACCCCGCGGUUCUACGUCAUGAAAGGCAGGCUGGAGGAUGCAGCAAAUGUGCUAGAACGCACUUACGUAGGUGCUGAGCGUGCCUUGAUUGACCGCAAGAUAGAGGAGUUGGUGCUGCUAAACAAGACGAUCCCAGGGCGCACGGUUUUCCACAGAGUCUGGAACACGAUUGUUGCUAUCCACACGGUGCCCGCCAACCUCCGCGCGCUCAUUAUUGCCUGUGGUUUGCAGGGCAUCCAGCAGUUCUGUGGUUGGAACUCGUUGAUGUACUUUUCGGGCGAUAUAUUCAGUCUGGUGGGGUUCAAGGACCCCGUCGCCGUAUCGAUUGUGGUCGCAGCCACAAACUUCAUCUUUACGUUGGUCGCAUUCUUUGCCAUCGACAAAAUCGGCCGCCGCAUCAUACUUUUGAUCGGGCUACCCGGCAUGACGACUGCCAUGACUGUUUGCGCCAUAGCAUUCCACUACAUCAAAACCGAGGUGGACGGCGAAAAGUUGAAGCCAGUGGGUGAGAGCAACGCUUGGGGUAUUGUGGUGGUCAUCUUCAUCAUUGUCUAUGCCGCCUUCUACGCGCUGGGCAUCGGAACCGUGCCCUGGCAGCAGUCGGAGUUGUUCCCCCAGCCCGUCCGUGGCGUAGGCACCUCUUUCGCCACCGCCACAAACUGGGCUGGCUCGAUGGUCAUCGCAUCUACGUUCCUAACGAUGUUCAAGAAUAUCACGCCGACAGCUACAUUUGGCUUCUUUGCCGGCAUCUCGGUCAUCUCCUUGGUUGCUGUCUAUCUCUGCUAUCCAGAAUUGUCCGGUCUCGAACUCGAGGAGGUCCAAUUCGUAUUGAAGGAUGGCUUCAACAUUAAGGCCUCGAAAGCAUUAGCUAAGAAACGCAAAUUCCAGAUGGCCGAGUCGCGUAAACAAGCCAGAGAGCUCGACCUUGAGUCCCUCCACAAAGCCAAGCCAUCCGACGAGUUUACCGAGUCGUGA